AUGAAGUUCCCCCUCCUUAGUGCCAUUGCCCUCUUCGCGGCAGCCACUGCCGAAACCAACAACGCCGUCAGGAGCAUUGACGGCCGCGGUCGAUCGCUCGAGCAGGAGGCCGCUUUCCAAACCGAUGCCGAAACCAACCGCGCUUGCCAAGAAAAAAAUGCCAACUACAUCCCGUCCCUCAAAGCUGGACAGUACACGUCCAGUGCGUUCCACAACUGUUUUCACACCAUCGACCAAAUCUACGAGUUCGCUGAUGCGUUGGUCGAACGAAACCCGACGUUGCUGAGCAAGUUUGUCAUCUCCAAGACGUACAACGGGGCCACGAUUUACGGGUACAAGUUGACCAAGGGUAACGCCCAGUCGCUGUACUUUCAAGCCCAAGUCCACGCCCGCGAAUGGAUUGCAGGCUCGUCGAUUCUGUUCUCGUUCGCGUCGAUUCUCGACGAUAUUGCCAACGAGAAACCCACGGCCGCCGACGCGUACGACUUGUACUUUGUGCCAAUCGUCAACAUUGACGGUUUUGAAAGCACAUGGAACGGGAACGGCACCCGGUUCCAGCGCAAGAAUGCCAACCAAGUCGACUUGAACCGGAACUGGCCCACACGCAUGAAGAACCCAAGCCCCCCUCCACAAGACGAUGAAACGUACCCCGGGCAGAAGCCCUUCAGUGAGCCGGAAACCGCGGGCAUCAAUGCAUGGAUCGAAACCAAACGCGACGAAAUCCAGGGGUACUUGGACAUUCACGCGUAUGGGGGGCUCCUCUUGUACCCGUCCGCAGACACCAAGCAGCCGAUCGGCGACGGGUUUGACGAAAAGUUCCAAGUGCUCGGCCGUGGAAUGAAAAACGUGAUGGGGGAAUACAAGCCUCAACCGGCGUCUGCAUUGUACUUGUCGUAUGGAACGUUCCGGGAUUAUGCUUUCCGCGAGUUCAAGAAACCCGCCUUGACGAUUGAAGUGGUGGGCUAUAAUUUUAUCACGGACGCGUCGACCAUCAAGAGACGCGGCACCGAAGUGUACAAAGGCAUCAACAAAUUCGCCAAGGAAGUCACCUUGUUCAACGGUGGGGGGGACACCAAACCCCCGUCGCCAACAUCGACCUCCAAGCCGUCCCUUACCACCGCCCCAUCAGCGACCACGUCGUCCCCAGGACCGAAACCUGUGACACCGUCCCCGUCCGUAACGAAACCUGUGGAACCGUCCCCGUCCGUAACGGAACCUGUAACAUCCUCCCCGUCCGUUACGGAGCCUGUAACACCAUCUCCGUCCGUAACGGAACCAGUGACACCGUCGCCGGUCGUAACGGAACUUGUGACACCGUCCCCGUCCGUGUCGUGCAAUGGUUGCUCGGGAUGCUACUCUGCGUUGCUCUCGCACUGCUUUCCAAGAGGCUAUUCCCGUGCUCAAUGCGAUUCGUUCAACGGCGCUGGCUACCAUACCACGUGGUGUGGCAAUUACUAG